AUGACACUGACUCUUCUUAGGAGGGGAAAGUCAUUUGAUGUAACUGCAACAAAGGCUUUUCUUCUGUCCCGCAAGCACCGUUAUUUUCCUGCUGUAUUUGACCAGUCCCUUGAGCCGUUGUCCGGUUCGCAUAAACAACCUAAAAACGUGACUCGGGAUGUUGCAUCGAGUAUCAAAGAAACUACAAGGAUCGCAGAAAACAAGAGCUCUUUAAACUAUGGCGUACCCGGAGAGCGUGGUCGCUCUACUACAGGUAUCACCUCUCCCUUAGCAUAUCUCUAUCGUGUGCAGCACGGGCAUUUCGAGAGUCUUGUAGCUCUCAUGUCAGCGCCAUGUGCCCCUCACCCCCUGCGUGUCCUCGCUGACCUUCUCGAUGAAGUCGGCCGGCUGAAGUCCCAACUUGCAGAAAAUCCGGGAGAAGGGGGUUACGUUGUUCAAAGUUGUGAAGAUCAAAACGAUGCGUUAAAGGUUCUUGAUCGUGUGACAAGGUCCCUCUCCGACGUAUUGGACGUUCGGGCUGUGCUGCGUCGCGCGAUCGGCAUGUUGAAGGACGCAACGGAGGCUGCAUCUGCAUUGGGUGAUGUACUCAGCGAGAGGGAACUACAAAGGGAGUUGCGUGAAGUGGAGAUGUUGGCUCAGCGACUGCGUCACUGGAGUGCUACCACCGAGGAGCAGCACAACUCUUUGUACACUUGUGGUGAAAACAAUGGAAAUUUAUUAAAGUGGACACUCCCCGACGUUGUAACAGUUGAAAUACGAAGGGCGUUAUUGGUGGUUUGCGGCUUAACAGGUGCGUACGCGCUUGCAGUGGAAUGCCUAGAAGAGAUAAUCGCUCUCAGUGAUUUAAAUAACCAUAUCGAAAAAAAAUUAAAUCGUCAAGUGAUUCGGGAAGGUGGCUGGGAAAGGAAAGCUAAAGGUACGUCGCAUCAAAGGGUGCAUAAAGCAGUGGUGGAAGAGACAACAUUUGCGUUAGACAAUGUCGUUGAAAGUGUGGAGGGGGAAUUGCGGCAGCACCUGAUAGCUGUGAGUGCGGAAGACCACAUCAUGGCCAUUACGAGCUGUGCGCAAACACGGAAGUUCGAUAUUGCUCACUCGUUGUUUCAACGCUUCAUGCAGCAUGCUGAAUGUGGCACUUUUGUCAUUACCGCAGAUGAUGUUACCGCUGCGUUGGUUGCUCUUGCCCGCUGCAGUGGUAACACAGCGGAUUUUGCGAUGACGCAGGAGCUUCUUGUAAAAAGCGAAGCUGCGCGUGUUGUCCCCGUUUCUGUCGAUCUGUACACAGCUCUCAUCGAAGCGGCAGGUAGGGCAUCAGAAAACCCCCGCCGUUUGGAGGUCGCUCUCGCGCUCUACCGCCAGCUCCGGGAUGGGGGAUUUGAUCCAACUCCAGACACGUAUGCAGCCCUCAUCGCGUGCUGCGCAAGUGCUCAGGAGCCGACGAUGGGCUUUGGGUUUUACCAUGAGGCACGGCAACAGUGUGGAGUGGGGGGACUCACACCAGCGGUAUAUACUAAUUUGCUGCUGGCGUACGCCCGUGCAGGGUAUGGUUCCGACGCGCGGACAACUCUCGAGGUUUUAGUGGAGGCAGGAGCUCCCCUCACCCGCAGUGCGUUCCACGCAGUUCUUGCUUGUGCUGUUACGCAUCGUGACGCGCAAGAGGUUUUACAGCUCAUGCAAUCCAAGUACAACAUCGCUCCAACGCCACAAACCUACGCGUAUCUUAUUGCGGCGGCGGGCGCAGAAUCAGUCGGAGUUUCGACGGUGCUCUCCAUUUUUGAUUGGCAAGAAAUGGCCAUUAAAAGCUUGCUCGAGAGAUAUCCCUGUGUGGGUAACACAGUUCCACAGACUCUACUGGAAAAAUGCAAUACACAACGGACCGCUCUGAGCACAAGCGAAGUUGCUCCGGAACUGGAAAAGGAAGUUCUUUCACUUUAUCCUGCUUAUGGUGAGGCGUUGGAGUUGGCACUGCUGCAACUGCGCGUUGAUCCACGCGUUGACCCACGACUGGAACCGUACAUACGGCCGCUACUUCGAGUGGCGCAACGACGUAUGAACUCUUUUACCACGAUGGCCCCACAAGCCCCCACAUUUGUCCCUAAGGGUGCUGCGAUUGCUGUGCUCGCAGCCGAUGUGCUCGCAAAUAUUGAAGAAUAUUUUCUUCCGUUUGUAUCUUUUUACUCGGCUGUGGUGAUUCCAUAUUCUUCUCUUGUAGCACUGCAACGCGGCGGAGGAAGGCGGGUGAACGCCGCAGCAGCGGCAACCCCAGUGCGUCUGCUGUCAGACCCUCUUUAUUGUGAGUGUGGCGGCGAAAAACGGCAAAUACAGCAGGCGCGUCGCACCGCCUUGUUGCGUUUUUUGCAGAAAUACCAGGACGUCAUUCAUUUGGUUUCUCUCGCUGAAGAACUUGCGCUGAGCCGUGACUGCGACCGCUAUGGUAUUGGUGUUAAGAGGACAUUCACUCGCUGCGCGGCUCUCGCGCUGAAUCUCGCUCGAAAGGAUAUCCAAAACGUUACAAAAAUAUAUGCUGAACAAGAAUGCCAAAUUGUUCUCGUUUCGACCAACUUUGAGAAAUGUGGAAGGUUUGUCGUGGAUGUUAAGAAGGAACUCCUACAGCGAGGUGACGCUGAUCAAAGUCCGAAGAAGGGCACACGUGACAGUUUACAGGGGCUGAAGGCUGGGUUGCGCCGUGUUUCGUAUCACAACCCCCGAACUAGCCCGGAUUGGCGGCCACCUGUGGUAUCUGUUAAAUCCCUAGUCACUGACCCUGCCCUAUCGAUGUCGCGCGUCUGA